AUGGCGGGAGGCGUGGGGCCUCCACGGUGGCCGGCGUGCCUGCUGGCGUGGGCAGGCCUGGGAGCGGCAGGCGGCUCGCAGCUGACGGAGGGCAGCGUCUUCCAGGGGUCGCCAGCGGGGCCUGGAGGCACUCGCCUCAGGACGGUCAGCUGGAACGUGGCCGCUGUGAACAACAACCCGUUCGAGUAUUGGAUCACGCAUCCGAACCCCGCGUACAAGCAGCUGAUGGUGGACGUGGAGAAGUUCAUUGUAGACCCCGGCCCCGACGAUGUUCAGAUCGACGAGCUUUUCACGCCAAAGAUGUUCCAGCAGCUGCGCAAUCACAUGCGGGAGUUUAAAAUGUCAUCGGCGGACGAGCUCCUAGAGCUGGAAAAGAUGUGGGAGAACGACUACCGCCGCCGCCGCGUCGUAUCCGAAUUCCUGACCGACGCGUUGAUUGGCAAGAAACGGCUUGCAAGCAUGCCCGACCGGGUCACUAACACCAUACAGCUGGAAGAUGGGGGUUAUGAGUUUCGACCAGCGGUGAGCAAUUGCUACGCCGAGGCGUGGUCCAGCCUCGACGAUUGGUGGAAGCGGUGGCUGGUGUUUUUCUUCGAGACCAGAGUAAAGCUCGACAGCAAGGGCGACAAGCCGGUGUACACCCUGCUGCCGACCAUCAAGAGCAGGAAGUAUCCAGAUGUCACAGCCCAGGAAGAGAAGUUGUCCAAGCCCCUGCAGCUGCUCGUGCAGGCGAUAUUUGACACCGUGCUGGUGGACCUCAUGUCGAAGAGAGGCGGCAGCAAUUGGCAGGAAGUGAGCGUCCCAGCGGACGGUUGGGAGUCCGGCGAUUUGUUGGGCGUUGUGUCCAAGCUCGCCGCUUCUGGCUCCGAGGUGGCGUUGGCUUCAUUUCACGGCGACACAAAUGGCUUGCUCACCAUGCCGAUGUUGACAAAGGUGGCGGAGCACUUUCGCGGCAAGCCAUUGCUGUUUGGCAUGGAUGCUAAUACCUACGAGAAGGAGUCGAAGAAGACAGCGCAUGUCUUAAAGUUCGAACAGACGUACAGGAAGCUCGGUUUUCAAGCUUCCUGGGGCAAGGCGAAUCCAAAGCUCUACACCACGUUCAAUGCGAGGACGUACCUGCAGCCUCAGCUGAACAAGGCGGCAAAGAGCGGGGAGCUGGUGAAGAAGGGCGACCGCAACCCAAAGGACUUCAUCUUAUUCACCGAGCACUUCAGCUGCGGCCGCGUGUGGCGCGACAACACGGGCGAGGGAAAGUACCUGGAGGACACGGUAUUUCCCACUCUGCAGUUCCCCUCGGAUCACGCCGCCAUUGCCGCGGACAUCGUGUUCGCGAGCGAGACGGUGUCAGAGGGGGGCAAGGGCCCAGAGACACCCCUGGCACCAGCCGCUGGCAAGGGCCGAGAACCGGCUCCUCCAGCCGCGGGCAAGGGAAGGCAGACGAAGCCGGAGCUCUGA